AUGGAGGAUCGAGGAAAGAACGAUCCUAAUCUUGCAAUGUUUUCUCGAACGAGAAAUAGAAGACUUUCAAAUUACAUCAUUCUAUACAAUCGUUACUCUCAGUUGCAUGAUCAAGAACAUGCAGUGCUAUUGAAGAUAAAGCAAUACCUUGAAAACCCUUCAUUUCUUAGUCACUGGACACCAUCAAACACCUCCUAUUGUUCUUGGCCAGAGAUCACUUGCACCAAUGAUGGCUCAAUCACUGGACUCAUUUUGGCCAACGUUAGCAUCCCUCAAACCAUACCACCUUUCAUAUGUGACCUUAAAAAUCUCACUCAUGUUGAUUUCACUGGCAAUUUAAUUCCUGGAGAGUUCCCAACAUAUCUCUACAACUGUUCCAAGUUGGAGUACCUUGAUCUCUCUAUGAACAACUUUGUUGGUAACAUUCCUAAUGACAUUGAUCGCUUGUCAAAUUUGCAGUUUCUUAGCCUUGGUUACACCAACUUCUCUGGUGACAUCCCUACCAGCAUUGGAGGGCUAAAGGAACUAACUUAUCUUGGACUUCAAUAUUGUCUAUUUAAUGGAACUCUCCCUGGUGAGAUUGGCAACUUGUCCAAUCUUGAAACCUUGGACUUGUCCUCGAACAAUAUGUUCCCUCCUUCAAGGUUGCCAACUAACUGGACCCAGUUGACCAAAUUGAAGGUUUUUUACAUGUAUGACUCAAACUUGGUUGGCGAGAUACCUGAAAGCAUUGGACAGAUGGUGGCUUUGGAAAAAUUGGAUAUAUCACAAAAUAAUUUAACUGGGCCAAUUCCUAGUAGUUUGUUCAUGCUGAAGAAUCUAAGCACAAUGUUUCUUUCAAGAAACAAGCUUUCUGGGGAGCUACCUGGUGUUGUUGAAGCAUUGGAUUUGACCAUCAUUGAUCUUUCAAGGAACAAUCUUUCAGGAAAAAUACCAGAUGAUUUUGGAAAGCUUCAAAAGUUAACAGGUUUGGCUUUGUCUAUGAAUAACUUUUCAGGGGAAAUACCACAAAGCAUAGGCCUUCUUCCAUCUCUGGUAGAUUUUCGUGUCUUUAUCAACAAUUUAUCAGGUACCAUUCCUCCUGAUUUUGGCCUCUACUCGCAAAAGCUUGAGACCUUUAUGAUUUCAACUAAUAGUUUAAGUGGAAACUUACCUGAAAACUUAUGCUAUCAUGGUCACUUGCUUAAUUUAUCAGUCUAUGAAAAUAACCUGAGUGGAGAGUUGCCACAAUCACUCGGGAAUUGUAGUAGCCUGAUAGAUUUGAAAAUUUAUAAUAACGAGUUUUCUGGUAACAUUCCUAGUGGUCUUUGGACUUUCAAUUUGUCAAAUUUCAUGGUAAGAAAUAAUAAGUUUACUGGUGAGCUUCCUGAGAGAUUGUCCCCAAGUAUUUCACGCUUUGAGAUAAGUUACAAUCAGUUUUCUGGUAGGAUUCCAAGUGGAGUAUCUUCUUGGACUAAUGUGGUAGUGUUUAAUGCCAGUCACAACAACCUUAAUGGAAGUAUUCCAAAAGAGUUAACAGCUCUUCCCAAGCUAACAACUUUGCUACUUAAUCAGAAUCAACUCACAGGGCCACUUCCAUCAGAUAUAAUAUCAUGGCAAUCCUUAGUAACUCUAAAUUUGAGCCAAAACCAACUCUCUGGACAAAUCCCAGAUUCAUUUGGUCUUUUACCUGUCCUUAGCCAACUUGACUUGUCAGAAAAUCAAUUCUCUGGUCAAAUUCCUUCAAUACUUCCUAGACUCACCAAUCUCAAUCUAUCCUCCAAUCAUUUGACUGGAAGGGUUCCAAGUGAAUUUGAGAAUUCUGUGUAUUCCACUAGCUUUUUGGACAAUUCUGGUCUCUGUUCUGAAACUCCAUCACUGAACCUUAUGUUGUGCAAUUCUAGCCCUCAAGGGUCAAGCAAGGGCUCAUCUUGGUCUCUGGCUUUGAUUAUAAGCUUGGUGGUAGUGGCUUGCUUAUUGGCUUUGUUGACAUCACUCUUGAUUAUCAGAUUUUAUAGAAAAAGAAAGCAAGGAUUGAAUGAUUCAUGGAAGCUUAUUUCUUUUCAAAGGCUGAGUUUCACUGAAUCAAACAUAGUGUCAUCAUUGACAGAACAUAACAUCAUUGGUAGUGGUGGAUAUGGCACUGUGUACCGCGUUGAAGUUGAUGGCUUAGGCUAUGUUGCUGUGAAGAAGAUUUGGGAAAACAAGAAGUUAGAUCAGAAUCUUGAGAGCUCAUUUCAUAAUGAAGUUAAAAUAUUAAGCAACAUUCGUCAUAAAAACAUUGUGAAGUUAAUGUGUUGUAUCUCUAAAGAGGAUUCUAUGCUCCUUGUAUACGAGUAUGUGGAAAACCGUAGCCUUGAUAGGUGGCUACACAAGAAGAUCAAAUCAUCAACUGUGUCAGGUUCAGUCUCUCAUGUUGCCCUUGAUUGGCCAAAGAGAUUGAAAAUUGCCAUUGGAGCUGCACAAGGUUUGAGUUACAUGCAUCAUGAUUGCUCACCACCUAUUGUUCAUAGAGAUGUUAAAGCAAGCAACAUUCUUUUGGACACUCAAUUCAAUGCCAGAGUUGCUGAUUUUGGUCUGGCUAGGAUGUUAAUCAAGCCAGGGGAACUGGCCACCAUGUCAGCUGUGAUUGGCUCAUUUGGCUAUAUGGCUCCAGAAUAUGUUCAAACAACUAGAGUGAGUGAAAAGUUUGAUGUGUUUAGCUUUGGUGUUAUCCUAUUGGAAUUGACAACUGGUAAAGAAGCUAAUUAUGGUGAUGAGCACUCAUCUCUUGCUGAAUGGGCAUGGCGCCACCACCAAUUAGGAAGCAAUAUAGAAGAGUUAUUAGACAUUGAUGUAAAGGAAUCCAGUUACUUGAAUGGUAUGUGUAAGGUUUUCCAACUUGGGAUCAUGUGUACUUCAACACUUGCUGUUACUAGACCUUCUAUGAAAGAGGUUUUGCAAGUAUUGCUCUCUUUGGAUGAAUCUAUGUCUUAUGGAGAGAGGAAUAAUGUUGGCCACAAUGAUGAUGUUCCACUUCUUAGAAAUUCAAAGAGAGAGUACAAGUUGGAUAUUGAUAAUGACAGCUAG